AUGUUGCAAUGUAUUGGACCCACAGCGCAGAAGAUGCCACUGCGGAAAGAUCAAAGUUGCGGGGUUACGUGCGAUGUCUGCGGCGCCGAAAUGAAGGUGGGAGACCUUCUCCCGAUGCGAGCAUACAAGCCAGGCGCUUCUCACUUACACAAGUUUGUGGCCUACCUUUCCACAGAAUGUGCCCGGAAGCUAUUGGGCAAACAAACCACCACGUCGAAGUUGUUGCAGAAGCUUCGGGCGAUUGCUCGCCACACGCAGGUCAUGGAUCUGAUCCCCCCGGGCGAAGCAGAUGCUGCCAUUCGCCUGCCCAAUGGCAGCAUCAGUUUUGCCGACGUGGAGCUGGCCCUGCAGAAGACCAAGUGGAAGAACAACCAUGGGCCUGUUAACUACGAGGAUGAUGACGUGCAGUUCGUCUUGUUUAACCUCAGUCGCUUCAUGGAGCUGAACAUGGGGGACGUAUAUACCUCUUAUGCACGUGGACAGAAAAAAAACGUUGGUCCGAACAUGCUGGUUGGGCUGUCGAACUAUCGGGGUGGUGAGCUGUGGCUGUUCGAUGAGAGAGGCGAUGUGUAUGUCAAGCUGCCAGACACACUACCAGGCGCUUGGCGGCAGAGACUCUUCGAGUCUGCCAAUCUCAAGAGUGGUCCGGCUGGUGAGAUCUUGGUGCCCGGCAUCGCAGUGGAUGUGCGGCGAAGGUUUGUGGGCUUUGACGGCCGCUGGCCACAUGCUGUGCUACCUUUUGAGGGGGAGAGGUUUUCUCUGGUUUUCUUCAGCCGCCAACUUUGCCAGCAGUUCAUGCAAAAGCUCCGACGGUGGAACUUCAACUUCCCAGCCCUGUUGGAAAUUGUGCCCGAGACGCUGGCGGGACAGGCGGUGGGUGCCUUCAUACUUGCCGUCGGCCUAGCCUUGAACGCGGCACCUGGCGUGAAGUAUGGCAUUCCCUUUCCCGUGCUGGCGCGCAGCUCCUUCGGCAGCGGAGGUGCCCACUUCUGCACGCUCACAAGAGGGGCGGUGGCCAUCAUGUGGCUAUCCUUCCAGUCCUGGCAAGGCGCUUUGGGGCUCUACGCUGCCCUGGUGCGCUGCGUAGGCGAGGAGGCUGUGCAUCGCUGGGGCACGAUAGAUGAUGAACUCGAUGCUGCAAAGCUGAUCAUUUUUGUGGUCUACUUGCUGAUGCAUGCGGUGCUCAUCCAGCUUGGCUUCCAGAAGCUGAAGCGGGCAAUCUCCUGGGCACUCCCUAGUCUCGUCAUCGGCAUGGGCGGCAUUGCUGUUUGGGCAGCCACCCUCAGCCCUAUCUCCGAGGCCCUUGAGGCAGCAGAAGAGAAAGGCGUUGACCACAUCGACGGCUCCAAUGUUGUAGCCUUCCUGUCAGCGGUGAACUCCAGUCUGGGUUCUUGGUCAACGCUGCUGCUGAAUGUUUGUGACCUUAGCCGCUUCUCACCGACGCAGAAGGAUCAAGUCGUUGGUCAAUCCGUGGGGGUGCCAGUGCCCUUCCUCGCCACCUUGUUCGUGGGCAUGUGGGUUGCUGGAGCCACGAAAAUGGCAUUCGGCACCGCAGUGUGGCAGUUGCCCACCGUCUUUGGAUACUGGCAUCCGGUGAUCAGCGCCUUGGGCGCGGUGGUUCUGGCGGUGGGAACGCUGGUGGUGAACCUCCUAGCCAACAUCCUCUCGCCCAUCAACGACAUCAUGAACCUGGCGCCGAAGACCUUCACGUACCGCGGAUGCGGCUUCUUCGUUCUUCUCCUGUCCUUUGCGGUGUGCCCCUGGUGGACCUUCUCCGGCAAGGUGUCCUUUAUCCUCAGCUUUCUGUCCGGCUACGCCAUGGUCACCGGCGCCAUCGCCGGGAUCUUCCUCUGCGACUACUGGAUCCUCAAAGCUCGGAUCCUGGACCUCCAGGAACUGUACUCUGCCACGGGCGUGAACUGGCGAGCCCUGCUUUCCGUGGCCGUGGGCGUGGCACCCUGCUUCCCAGGCUUCCUAGAUGCGAUCCACGCCGGCGACGAAGGCCACGCGAGCUUGGUGUCUCCCUUCUGGGCUCACCUCUACUCGGGGGGCUCCUGUCUGGUCUCCUUGGCCGUCUCGGGCACAGUGUUCUACCUGUUGAACUUUGUCUGGCCAGAGGGCGGAGCCCGCGGCAAGCAGGAAAGUCCGGCGAGUCCGCUCAGCAGCGCCGUCACCGUCAGGGUUUCCUAA